GUAAAAGCCCGUGUCAAGGAUUUCUUUGAAUACCUUUGCAGUCUGGUUAUCCAGGAGGCAGGUCUAGAAAAACAAGGGACAGAAGAAAAUGCAGAAAUGGCCGAAGGAAGUCCUCCCACUUCGUUGCCAAACCACCACGGUGAACCGAAAUCCGAUUCUAAUUCCGAAGGAGCUGCAGGAGGAAGACUGGUAGCCAACAUCCUAGUUGUGAGUCACGGGGCAUACAUGAGGAACUGGAUUGGCUAUUUCAUCUCCGACCUGCAGUGUAGUUUGCCAGCCACAUCAACAAAGGCUGAAUUGUCCUCGGUUACUCCUAAUACCGGGAUUUGCCGCUUCAUUGUAAAACUAGAAAUGGGGGAGCGCGUCCUUCCGCCUAAAAUCCGCUGCCUUUCUCUCAAUAGAAGCGAUCACUUGCGUGACAUGGGUGACAGCUGAGAGCACGCAGCUGCACCGCCUUUAACCCCGGCGGAAAUUAUUUAGGCCCCGCGUGGAAUCGUCAUAUUAUCUUUUCAAUUAGGUUUGAAAACGUAGCAUGUUGGAAAGAAUGAUCUGCUAAGGAAUUUAAACUUUCAUUUUGCUUCCGUCUUUCUUGACCGGUUCACCCUUGUUGGGGGGAAAAGAAAAAAAAAGACAAGAAAAUAGCAUUGGCUGGUGGAAAAGGUGAUAUUCCAGAGAAGCUCCUGGUACUAAUUGCUGUUCUAAACACUCUCCUGGAGCCAUUAAGGAAAGGGCAGAAUUUGAAUAAUACCGCAGUAUAAAUUAACAGGUGAUCUUUAGAUCAGCUUCCCCUAACCUUUCCGCCUUCGUGUGGCGGCGACAGUAGCAGGGGGGAGGAGGAGAAGAAGGGAGGGUUUCAGGCGUGCAUGUCCCACUUUCACAAAUGCCGCUGUGUGCGAAAUCAUCCCCUCUUCCCCACGCCCGUCACAGUCUCCGCUGCUCCAGAAAGGUUGGGGUUUUUCAAAUGCAGCUGCGCACACAGGAAUUCGCCCAACCUCUUCCACAGCCCGGUUCCAGAUAGGCCAUAGCCCGCCGCCAGGCCGUGGACCGGGAGUUGUGGAUGUCUGUUUCAGAUGAUUUAAUCAGGAUCAGACCGCGCCAGAGAAAGUAAUCUAGCUCCCCCUUUUAAGAGCAGGCCUUUAAAAGGGUGGGAAUGGAUCUCUUGACGGAACGUGGUGUCAGAUGAUCCCAGCAGAAAGCUUAAGAGCCGCGUUUGGACAGGCACGCCGUAGCUGCUGCUCUUCAGGUUUCCGGCACUUGUGAAGACUAACUAACCGAUGCUUGCAUGCUCACUAGCCAGCUGGUCUUCGGUUUCCGGCACAUGCACAUAUCCGGUUUGGGCACUUGGUGCCCAAAAGUUUUGCCAUCACUGGCUUAGAUGCAAAGCAGCUCUGCCAAAGAAACAUAAUAAUAAUAAUAAUCCCUAUCUUUUGUUUUAAUAAUUCUAAAAAACUUGGGCAACUUAGAAUCCUUUAGGUCUGUAGAGAUUCUCAGUCCUCCAGGUCGCAGUUGUCCCAAAGGUGAUUUUUUUUUUCAGGAGGCAACUCCU